AUGGUGUUGAAGAAUUCGAAAUGGGACAAGAAGGCAAAGUACCUGUACAUGAAAAAGCAUGGGAUCAGCGCCCCUAAGAAGGACAAUACCCCCAAGCCCAAAUGGACCUCCAAGACGGCAGAUGGAUCCAAGCGUCCCGAACGCAUUACUCUAGAAGACUCAGACAGUGAAUGGGAUUCGGAUGCAGACGAUGCAUUGCUUAAUCACUUCUACCCUCAGUUAGGAGAGACCGAGUUGUCCAAGGAUCAGAAGCUCAAAAUCAAACAACAGAUCAUGGCCCAGAUCGAAAAGGAAGAGCAGGACCAGGACACCCCAGUGCCCCAACAAUUGGAGGAGAGAGAUGGUAUCUACUUGGGGUCCAAAGAAAACCAAGAACUGGAAGAGAAGGCGAAGGAGUCCACUCAGACUAUUAAUCUCCGCGAAAUAUUGGCCAAGGCAUCCAAUCCAACCAAGACCAGAAAGGCGUUGAAGGCCAAGAUAUCUGAUAAUUUUUUGGAGGAGUACGGCUUGGAUAGUUAUCAAUCCAUAACGAGACACAAAGACGACUAUAACGAUCUCUAUGAGAAGAGCCACCCCGUGAACGUCAUGGAAUUAUCCUCGAGCCAGUUAGACGGGUUUAUGAUAGGCUCGAGUGUGCCAACAAACCAAAAGCCCGAAUCGAGGGUAUUGACACAGGAAGAAAUCGACGAAGAUAGAAAAAGAGAGGAGAAAGCUAAAGAAAGUCGGUUGUAUGAUGAAAUCAGAACUAAAUUCAACUCCAAACCACCUACAGUAAAAUCAAAAGUCCUUGACCUUAACAACUAUGAUUCAAAGAAUGAGAGUCAUGUGUCCGCGUUGAAUGCGAGAAUCACAGCAAACUCCAGUCAGGCUGUGGAAUCUAGUCUAGACGACGAUUUGGACUUG